AUGGCUACAGAUGUACGCAAAAAAAUACUUGCAAUUGUGGGCACGACAGGUGUUGGCAAAUCUGACCUUUCGAUUGAGUUAGCAGAGAGGUUCAAUGGUGAGGUGAUAAAUGCCGAUUCUAUGCAAAUGUACAAAGACGUACCGAUCAUCACAAACAAGCAUCCACUUGUGGAAAGGAGGGGAAUUCCACAUCAUGUAAUGAAUCACGUUCCCUGGGACGAAGAGUAUUUCAUACACAGAUUCGAAAAGGAGUGUCUGGAAAGGAUUGAAGAUAUUUUGGAGAGGGGUAAAGUGCCUAUUAUUGUUGGAGGUACGCAUUAUUAUCUACAAAUUUUGUUUAACAAAGUGGGGAACAGUGUGACUGACAGCACCAGGGCAGUAAGUGACGAGGAAAAUAAGAUCCUAAACUCUGAAAAUAGCAAUCUAAUUUACAGUACAUUACAGAAGCUUGAUCCUGAAAUUGCAAGCAAGUACCAUCCGAAUGAUUUACGAAGAUUACGCAGAAUGCUCGAAAUAUUUUACACUACAGGUACCAAACCAAGUGAAACUUUUAAACAACAGAAACUUACGUUGAAGUACAAUACUAUUUUCCUCUGGCUUUACAGCACUCCCCUUGAGUUAAAUAAAAGACUAGAUGACAGAGUCGAUAAAAUGCUAGAUUCUGGUGGGAUGCAAGAAAUAAAUCAAUUGUUCGAGUAUUACAAAAGAAAUAAGCUUACCCCGGAACUAAUGGAGAACGGUGUAUGGCAAGUGAUUGGGUUCAAAGAAUUUCUGCCUUGGUUAGAAAAUCCAGAAGGUUGUGAACUUGAAGAAUGCGUUGAAAGAAUGAAGAUUCGAACGCGACAAUACUCAAGGAGACAGGUGAAGUGGAUCCAGAAAAUGCUGGUUCCUGAUAUCAAUGGAGAGGGUAUUUUCUUGCUAAACGCCACUGACUUGACAAAAUGGCACUUUCUAGUGUGCGACAGGGCAGUUUCUAUUACGGAACAGUUCUUGAAGGAUGAGCUGAUUACUGCAGUACAGGCACCAGAGGAGUUAGCAGCUCUGUUAUUGCGAGACCAAACUUUUGAACGGAAGAAGCAUGACGAUUACAAGCAUUUCAUUUGCACAAUUUGUAAAACCCCAGAAGGCGAAAACCUAACAGCCAUUGGUGAGAAAAGUUGGAACAUCCACUUGAGAAGUCGAAGACAUAGAAAGAACCUUACAAGAGGUUCCAAAAAGGCAGAAUACGAAAAAUGGAAGGCAGAGAAUGGGGAGUAG